UUCCCCCGAGUGGCUUGGGGGAGGGUCUGGGUACUUAUAGACGCGACCGCUUACCUGUUACACGCAUGCGCCCCGGUUCCUGAGGGUGCGCCCUCACCUGGCCCCAUAUCUAAUAUGCCUGCCCGCUUAAAUAAAGGGGGAGAGGGGGCAACGCACGUGAACUGGGCGACAUCUCGUUUCUGCUUCCGUCCUAUUAGUAGUCUACUCGGCUGGCGUGUCUUCGUGGCGACUCUCACCUUUGCUCAGUGCGUGCGGGCAUCGCCCCGGAACACGGAGUGGUACGGCCUGUCGUCUCCCAGCAUUCGCCAAAUUCGGGACAUAGAAAGGGGAAGGGGAACCGCUAAAGAGGUCGGCAUAUACCCGCGAGCGACCGAGUUUCAUUCUAAAGGUCUAUACGAAAGCCUCGUGCCGAAGCGAAUCUACCUAUACAACGUUAUAGGCACUGUCCCUCAACCAAUAUCCGCCAACUGUAACCGAUUGGCAGUAUAUUAGGUACCUAUCCAUCGCUCUCUAUUUUCACCAUGUUAUAUAUAC